AAACCUGUUCCUCCGUACCUGUCCGCGCAGGUUUGGGUGUGGUCUGCCCUAGGUUCUACUUAGCCAGGCCCGACAGGGGGGGCGCCUCCGCCCGCCGCUGGCUUUCCGGGUCGGUUUGGGCUAUCAGGUUGCUUGUCCCGAGCUCUCCCGGCUGGGAUCUCAUUCUAUACCAAGAUGAAAUCCAUCGCCAUGAAUAUCUUCCUUUCUCUGUUGAUUGGGUUCCCUGUUCUGAAGGCAAGUGACCUUAAAGAUCAAGACAACCCCUUUGAUUAUGAUUGGGAGUCGCUCCGUAUUGGUGGUUUGGUCUUUGCAGGCAUUCUGUGUUUUCUGGGAAUUGUUAUCCUCCUGAGUGGAAAGUGCAAAUGCAAGCCCAAAAAGAAAAGCAGCACGCAGAUCAGUGGGGCACCAAAACAACCCCUUGCAGGAUCCAGUGAGUGCUGAACGGAGCUCCUUCUCAUGUUGCCACCUGCCCUGAUUGUUCUGGGUGAAAACGGUUCUCUGCCUGACCAAUGAGCCACCAUCUUGUUUUGUUGCCUUUUCUUCUUGCAUUUGUUUUGUGAAAUAAAAUCUCAUUGCCAUUCCCCCAA